AUGCAUUCACAAUGGAAUUACUGGAGCAUUAUUCGUCUUUCCACAGAUGCAGCAACUCCGCAAACGGUUCAAGGUGACUGCGGAGGAGAGUUGCGUGGGCCAAAUGGAAAUUUCUCGUUCCGAAAGAAUUCAACAAAUAUGGUAAUCUGCGUUUGGCGAAUCACGGUAACUCCAGGAAGAAAAGUGCAGCUCAUUUUCAACUCUCUAAUUAUGCCAGCCUUCAACCCUCUGUUGCGUGUGUUAGACGGAAGCACCUGUGGAGGCACUAUGCUCUCAGAGCUUUCUCGUACUUCCAGCAUUCCUCAAAACGGCAUCGUCUCCAAAAGCAAUACGAUGACGGUGGUGUACACAGAGGCAACUUUUGGAACGAGGUUGACAAAUAUUGAUGCCUCUUUUUCAGAAA